GUGUCUUACUUCCUGCUUAGAACUACUGUGCGAUGCACACAACAAGAUGGUCCCAACCGAACCACUACUGGCUUUCUGUCUGCUUGGCAUACUGACUGCUUCGUCAGCUAUCACUCUAACGAUGGAUCGACGCAUCGCUGUCGACGACAUGCCAUUAAACCUGACCUGUUCGCUUGACUCGUCUUCGCCAUCGGCCGUGGAGUUCGAGCUGAACGACACGGUGGUGGGAACAUGCUCUCUGAGUGAUGAAAACUGUAACUCCACGGAUCCCUACUACAGCCUCUCCACGACGACAGAGACACGACAGGUUACCCUCACAAUUCAGCCUUUCCAGGAACUCCGGGACUAUGGGGUGUGGCUCUGUCGACACGGAUGGGCAAAAAUAGAAAUGCCGAUUCAAAUGAGCUCAGGACUAUUGCAAUGGUCAAGCGUCACCACAAACCCGACACGAAGUGAUAUCCCCCGAAGUCUCACACCAACAAGUACCUUGACCAUUGUCCUCAACGCCCCCUGUGUGAAGGGACAAGCCAAUGUAUCCUGGAUGUACGUAUUAAAUGGGAGCAUAGGGGCGUCUCUAACUUCCACUUACACCAACACCCCGUGUGAAGGUUCCAACACGCUUACGGUGAGCAAUGUCACCGUGGUGGGCAACAAUUCGGCCAUGCAGGACAAGUUGGUCACGCUCCGGGUAUCUGUUGAGCAUGACUCAUUCAACCCAGCUAAAGCUUACACCGAGACUAAAGACUUUGGUCCAGUUCAAUUUCCAGGUGCAGUAACAUCGGUCACUCUCGUCAACAUCACGCGUAGUAACGAAACCAUACAAACAUCGGAUGGCUCAAGUCUUGUUCUUGUUUGCGAGACUUCGGAUAGCUUUCCAACAGCCAGUGUGAGCUGGUACAAGGACCGCACGGAAGUGACGUCACAAAGCUCCCAGCGACAGGAAGGGAGCUCCGUGAAGAAAAAAACUGUCAGUACACUGACGUACGAAGUGACUCCUGCUAAUAAUAAUGAUCUGUUUUCUUGUACAGCUAACAACGGUCUAUCGUCCGUGUCCUCCCAAAACGCGAAACUCGACGUUGUCUAUUCUCCAUCCAGACCAACAUUGAACGUUUCCCCACUCAAUAUCCUUGAAGGGGAGGGUGUAACUCUUACCUGCGUAUCCAGUAACCAUGGCAACCCUGCAUGCAUCUACAAGUGGAAGAAGGGAGAAGUCUUUGAUCAGCAUCAGGGGUCGACCUGGACAUUUACUGCCACAAAACCGGACAAUGGAGUAAAGAUUCAGUGUUUGGCAGAGAACAAGCACACGAACAUAACAUCCCAGCUGAUGAUGUCACAAUCUAAAACACUAAAUGUUUAUUACAGGCCUCGGGUGACAGUUACCCGUGCAAUUACAAAGAUCGAAGGUGAUACGCUUUCUCUCACCUGCUCUGCUGACAGCAACCCUACAGCACAUUCCUACACCUGGACCUUUAACUCUGGCAUCGUGGCAUACACCAGAAACUACAACCAGGCUAACCUGAGUCGGACGAGUCAGGGCGUAUACACGUGCACAGCGGGAGUGAAUGUGAAUGGAUACGGUACACUGGAGGGAAACGCCACAGCUACAGUCACAGUAAACUACCCUCCUGACAUAUCAAUGAGAGGAGUGACGCUAACAGAAGGCCAGACUCUCACUUUGGAAUGCAGUGCUUCAGGACAACCGGCCACCUACACCUUCUCUCCCUACAAGCAGUACUGGGGCACAACAUGGGUCAACAGCUACGAAGGGACUCAAGCUGGACCUAAAUAUACCCUACAGAGAGCAAGCGUCACCUACAGAGACUCCGGGGAAUAUGAAUGUUCUGUAACCAACGGCAUACGUUCUACUCAAAGGAAACGUGUAGCUGUCAUGGUCAAAGCGGCGCCAGUGUUUGUGAAAUAUGAUUCCCACUCACUGGCAAUUGGUGCCAAUGUCACCUUGUCCUGGAGCCUGUUCAGCAAGCCCAAUGUUACAGCCAUCAGGAGGUAUUUUGGUAACCAAGCCCUGACCUACCCAGCUCACACAUUGACCUCCACCUCUGUUGCGAUGACUGUACAUGGACGCAUUGUCCACGAUAUGGGAUACCAGGUCCAGAUUCCACUAACGAACGUUAAGCCGAGUCAGCUAGGAACAUAUACAAUCACGGCAUGCAACUCCAUUGACUGCAGAAACACAUCGCUGAGUCUAUCUGCAUCAGGACCCCCCUUGGUUCCUUUGGAGUUUUCCGCCAUUAACUCGUCCAGCGAAUCCGUGUGGUUAAAAUGGAAACCCAACUUCCCAGGGGGUAACUUCACCCAGAGCUUCCUGCUCCACUACCGUGUGAGUCCCGAGGGUAACUGGACCAGCGAGCCGGUACCUCAGGGUACUGGCACCAACAUCAUCAGGAGGGUGGUGGGUCUGGAGCCGGACACGGAGUACGCCUUUAAAGUACAGUCACGGAACAACCGGCGGAGCAACAACAUGGGUCCAGAAACUCAGGAAAUUUAUCAGAAAACCAUAGAUGCUGGAGGCCUUGGUCCAGGAGUUGGGGUCGGUAUUGCUGUGUGUAUUGGACUGGCGCUGCUCGUGGGUGCCCCAAUCCUAGUGUACAAGUUCCGUGCCCACAUCCCAAGCAUCUCAUGUCCGAAUCCCCUAAAGGCGAGGUCGUCCAGGUAUGUUCACAAUAGUGAUGAAGACACGUCUCCGCCGCCGGAUAAAGAUGAAGCCCCUGAGAAUGUUUACAGCGGUCUGACGCACCGGCCCGGGACUGUGCAGGCAGCCUAUGACACUAUCAUGUUCCAGAACAGCCCAGCAACUGUUCAAGAACGGGUUUAUCAAAACGUAAAGCCUGCAGUAAAACCCAAACCAGUGAAGGGGCAGAAAGGCAAGAGACAUAACGAUGGGAACAUCUACGAGAACUGCUGACUUGCCUAAGAUGGAUAAAAACCCCAACUAUUACGAUAAAAUCAUAUUUUAAAAUUAAUGUUACAGUGAUAUAAAAUGACAUAAGAAAUGUUUUGAUCAUAAGCCUGCUAUUGUACCAAAUGGACUCCCGUGACUCUUUCUCUGUCGCUUCAAUGAUUGCCUGUGAAGGACAGAAUUGUAUUCAAGCUACUAACGUUUAGUAGCAGUUUACGGAACGGGACGAGUGGUAACGGAGUGCACGCAGGCUAUUAGUCACCACUUGCUCCUUUCCGUAACGUAAACUAUUCUGCUUGUCUCGAAAUAACACGAAUUGGUCACGAAUGGAUCCUGACAUCUUCAAACUGCCUCUUCCAUGUGUUACAACCCUUGGCAUUUUACUAGCGCUUGAAUCACUUGCUGCUAAAGACAGGCACAACACACUUGUAACAAUGUCUUCUGAAUCGUUACAAUCGUCGUGUAAUUUGAAGUGAACAAAUAUUUUAAGUUGCAAUUUAAUACAAAUCAAUGUUCUUGAAUCAUAAUCCAAAAGAGUACAGUCAUAAUCUCCGUGCUAAAAGCAUUUGCGUUCAGUUUAAUAUCUAAUAACGUUAGAAAUAUAUGCACUUUAGGCAUCCUGAAACGGCAUGUAACAGUCAUUGACAGAGGAUAAGCAUGUAUUUAGAACACUUUUCAUAGAUCCUAUUUUGUGUUGUGUGCAUACAUCACCUGCUUCUCAUGAGCGAGCUUGGUUUUACGCCGCUUUUAGCAAUAUUCCAGCAAUAUUACGGCGGGGGGGGGACACCAGAAAUUGGUUUCCUUCAUUGUACCUAUGCGGGGGAUUGAACACGGGACAUAGACAAGGGCUAACCUUUGUGCGGAAUCGAACCAGGGUUUCUGUUUCAUAGGAACCAGAGUACGCUCCAUAGUGGACAAAAGCGUCUUUUCAAUCUGGAGACAAGUGGGCGUGUUUUACCUACAUGCCUGCUUCUGUUUUUGGUUUAUGUUUAUCCUUCGUUCGAAUUUACUAAGGAUCUCCCGCCAAUAAUGUUUAUGUCGCCCAAGUACUUAGUACCUCCAUUGUUAAGGUAUGUACAUGUAGUUGGUAGAUGUUGUUGUUAUCUUCAAAGUAUCUCAGUUCUGGCGUCCUGUCACUUACCCAGUAUAUAGUUUGUUUGUUUGUUUGUUUGUUUGUUGACACACUCAGCAAUAUUCCAGCUAUAUGAUGGCGGUCUGUAAGUAAUCGAGCAUCUACGCAUUGUAGGGUACGACAUGUCCGCGAGCUGACCACUCCAUCCCGUUAGUCGCCUCUUAUGCCUAACGUGGGUUGCUGAAGACCAAUUCUAACCCGGAUCUUCACGGGUCUACCAAAUGAAUAGGUUAUACUUAAACAUCCAUAUUUCUGAAAUGACUGACUGACUGACUGAGUUUGGUUUUACGCCGCUUUUAGCAAUAUUCCCGCAAUAUCACGGCGG